AUGUCCGUCGUCGCCUUCACCUCCGCCGCGACGCGCGCGGGACUUACGUCCCCCCGCGGCGCCACCCCGACCCGCGCCCGAUCCCUCGAUCGCCGCGGCCACCAGGCGAAGCCUCCCGUCCCGACGUCGCAGGAUCGCGGACGACGUCGAUCCGUCGUCGCCAACGGCAAGAAGGGGCUGUUCGACGAGAUGCUCGACGUCAUGGAGGGCGGCCCAAAGCUCCGCAAGUGGUACGGCCAGGAUUCCAGCGUGGGCGCUCCCGGGGAGGAACGCGUCGGCGACGGCGGCGUCUCCGCCGUCGCCGAACCCACCCCGGACGAGGAGGAGGAGCUCCGCGAGUGGGACAAGAAGCCCCGCAAGGGAACGCUCGUGACCGGCGCGGAGACGGCGCUGGGAGAGGCGAUCAUCAUGCAGCUCAUCGUCGCGAAGCAGCCGGUGGUGGCGCUGGGCAUCUCCCCGGAAGCUGCAGCCGCGCGAUACGGCCCGUACGUCGUCGCCGUCGAGGACCCGGGCUCGGCGGCGAACGCGUUGCGGAGGGGUUGCCGAGCCGUCAUCUGCUGCGGGGACGCCGGCGUCGUCCCGGCCGCGGUGGUCGCCGACGGGAAGGUGAAGCACGCGGUGCUGGUAUCGUCGGCGGCAUCUUCGGGCGGCCUUCUCGGCGGCAUCUUCGGCGGCGACGACGGUCAAAGGGCGGAUCCGGCGCGGGAAAACGCGUUUCGAAGCAUCGCGAGUGCGACAGUGCCCGUGACCAUCGCGAGACCCGCGAGGAUCAGGGCGGGCAUGGGGGGCAAGCCGAUCGUGUUCGGGCAGAAGGGCCCGGGCGGCGGCGAGGUGAGUUUGGAGGACGCCGCGGAGGUUUGCGUGCGGUGCCUCGGCGCGCCGCCCAAGCCCGGCGAGGUUUUGGAGUUUGACUUUGCAAACGGGCCGGGCGCGGCGGGGCAGAAGAGGGACUGGAAGGGGCUCUUCGGGAGCCUCGACGCGAACUAG